UAAUCUUUUGUGUAGCAAGGAUCUACCAAGUGAACAAUCUUUGUGUGUUUCUAAGGAAAAUCUAUGGCUCUCUCAUGACAUAAAUUAGUGUUUUCCGCUUUUAAUUGGGCUCUAAAACACAGGAAAAAACGGAUCUGGUGAAAAUAAGGACAUCGAGUGAGCCAGGUGAAGACAAACCUCUAAGCGAGGUAGUGCCCUCAGCAAGCCAUGAGGACUAUCCUACCGAUACUCCUCGCAUUGUUGGUUUCCAUACCACAUAACAAUGCCAAGAACAAAACAAAGAAAAAAGAUACAACCAAACCGACGAAAGAACCACURCAGUUCGUUGGUUGUUUUAAAGACAGUAACCCAAGGGAUCUCCCUCAGAGGGUUUUCGAACAUGGCGACAGUAUAAGGUCGUGYGUGAACACUUGUAAAAGCAUGAAGUAUCGGUUUGCAGGAAUCCAGUUCGCCUACCUGUGUUUCUGUGGCAACCUAAAGGGUCGGUUUGGCCAGCUACCUGAUGGUCGAUGUGACCGAACAUGUCGUGUUAAGAACGAGACGCAGUGUGGAGGGGARUGGGCAAACUCCGUUUACAGAACAGGUUACGAGCCCACUCAGGAAAAGAAGAAGUUGCUUAAAAAGCAAAAUAAAGUCUCAAAGAGAGAUAAUGUUGUAAUGUUUGACAAUCCUAUGCAGUAUCAGAACGCAGACGAUAGAACAUUUACCAUCGAUGUUGAUACCGAGAAACGCUCUGCAGAUCAUGAUAACAUACAAAGAAUACAACGAUCUUAUGGUAGUGAUUAUUAUGAAACUGUWCCAAAGUAUGGCCAAGGUUAUAACCAGUACUAUGGGACUAACAACGAUUAUAAUUCAAGACAGUAUAAUAGUUACCCUAAUAGUCAAUAYACUGCAAGUACAAAGAGCGAAGUACCGUCGAACUAUUCAACUUCUUCGUACAAUAACGACGACACUCAGGAAAGCAGUGCCUAUCAGCAAUCCCCACAGCAGGAAGCUAGCACACAAACACAGUAUUCACCACAGUCUAAUGCUACCUCAUCUGUUUAUGGAGAUGCAGUAAGCCCACAGCCGACUUCAUAUCAAUCUUUGAGUAGUUAUAAUAAUGCAUAUGAUACAAAAGCAACUAGCAAUGUUAAUCCUACUAGUAGUACAGAACGUGUAAAUAAUUAUGAACCGGAGCCUUCGACUCAUGACCCGGGMAAUGGAUACCAYAUYUCAGUCACCCUUCAUGAUGAAAACAUAACUACRCCAGGAUCAUAUCCACAGAAUUAYGCCAAUACACUYUCAACUACUCAGAGUACACAGGUAACCCAAGGCAACACUGGUUCUUCGUACUACAAUAGUCAGGYUCCUGAGACAGCCAAUCAGAAUUAUUCGCAGUCUACGCCAUAUCARGACGCUUCGCUAUCGUCCGCUGCACAGCCCACUGGC